AUCAUAGAAAAUGCAUCGAUAUUUUAUCCAUUUUCCAGUGUAAUCAUAGUGUACGUGUAGAACAAAACGCCAUUAAGCUAUCGCUGGGAAAACUGAGGUAUUCCCGAGAUAAAAGUCCGUAGUAAUGAACGGCAUCAAACAAGUCAAAGUGAGACAGAGAAAGGGUAGGCCUUGUCUUGGAGGAUUUUUUGCUCCUCUAGCACAGAGAGCGUGAUGUCAGCGGUAGCAGUACUGUUGUAAUUGACUUGGUGGGGGUGAUGGCGUCAUUUUAUGCCCUGGUGUAGCCUCCUGCUCCAAUAGCGAAAGGGAGACGGAUCUUUGGCCGACGCGACCGUGGCUCCCUUGGCCGGGAUCGAGCACCGCCGAGCCGGACACUUCACCCCGGGAAACAUGGAGGCUGUGGCCGAGGAGCUGCGGGCCGGCUCUCGGGUACCUGUCACUAUCGAUCAAAUAGUUAACGAUACACUGGUGGUGACGCUGACCUAUCGAGAAAGGAGCUACACGGGGAUAUUACUUGAUUGCAACAAAAAGACUGGGCUCUUCUGUCUACCAGAUUUCACAGAAAAACCCGGGGACUGCCCGAUAUCUAAACCAACUUGUGAUUUCCCAGAAGUUCUGAGUGAGGAGCCGGUUUCCAAUUCUCCCAGCCAGGCUUCACACAAACCAAAGGAUGAAAACACUCUCCCUGAAAGCAGCAUACCUACUGCACCUCUCCCCUGUCCCAUACCCACACCAGUGCCAGCUGGACAGACUCCUUACCCUCCUUAUUUUGAAGGAGCCCCCUUCCCUCAGCCCUUAUGGGUGCGUCACAGCUACAGCCAAUGGGUACCUCAGCCCCCUCCGCGACCAAUCAAAAGAAAGAAGAGAAGGACGCGAGAGCCUGGCCGUAUGACCAUGAGUACUAUCCGUCUGCGGCCACGGCAGGUACUAUGUGAAAAAUGCAAGAACACACUGAACAGUGAUGAAGACAGCAAAGAUGGCAUGAGCAACACCAAGACAUCUAGAAAAGAGAAUGCACUACAGAGCGACGAUGACGGUGAUGACAAGGACAUCCCCUCUAAGCUGUCGAGAAAAGAGGAUGUAGUUGCUACCAAGGACACUAAAAGGCGGGAAAAUGGCACCAGCCUUGACAGCAAGCGCCUUAGGAAGGACAAAAGGGGGGAAGCUGAUGGAGAGAAGUUCCCCGGAGGUGACGUGAUUAUCCCCCACAGUCCUGUCAUAAAGAUCUCCUACAGCACUCCACAGGGCAAGGGGGAGGUCAUGAAAAUCCCCUCACGCGUCCACGGUUCAGUCAAACCAUUUUGCCCCAAACAGCUGGUGCAGAAUGGUGUGGCAGAGAAUGGCAAGGCGCCCUCUGAUCCCACCAAGGAACAACGGCACAUUCUAGAUGCCACACGGUCUGGCCUCACUGUGUCCAUUCCCAAACUCAAACUAACCAGGCCUUUCACAACUGUGGGUCAGGACUUGCCAUCUCCAAAGAUCCGCUUGAGACCCCCUCAGAGGGAGGGUGAGGAGAGUGUGGUCGAGUAUGAGGCAGAACUUGUAGAGGGCACUAGGAGACGAAGCCCCAGGGUUCCUGGGCCCUGCCUCCCCCAUUCGGAUGACUCAGGGGAAGGCAAGAACUCUCUGGAGUUGUGGUCAGGGAGUUCUGGGGAGGAGGCCGACCGCGGCCACAGCGACCUCACCCUUCUCAUCAAUUUCCGUAAGCGUAAAGCAGAUUCUUCUAGCCUGUCAGUCUGCAGCAGCGACAGUCUAGAUGAGUCCAAGUCCUUCAGCUCUGAUGGCACCUCACCAGAGCUGUGUGAUCUGGCCCCCGGUGAAGAUCUCUCUGUGACCUCAUCUUCUGUACCUUCACGGGAGGACUGCAAGACAGUGCCGCCACUUACGGUGCGGCUGCACACGCGCAGCAUGACAAAGUGUGUAACGGAGGAGGGUCACGCUGUGGCAGUGGGCGACAUCGUGUGGGGGAAGAUCCAUGGCUUCCCUUGGUGGCCAGCACGCGUCCUCAGCAUCAGCGGCACCCGCAAACAGGAGACGGCCAGUUGCGAGGCGCAGUGGCCCCAGGCAAAGGUGGCGUGGUUCGGUUCACCCACCACCUCGCAGCUCUCUGUUGCCAAACUAUCGCCCUUCAGAGAGCUCUUCAGGUCCCGCUUCAACCGCAAGAAAAAAGGGAUGUACCGGAGAGCAAUCCUGGAGGCGGCCAAGGCUGUGGGUCACAUGAGCCCGGAGAUUACAUCGCUGCUUUCCCACUGCGACACGUAGAGGCUGAGGACUGAAGAGAGGUCUCCGAGGUUUUUCUGAAUUCUCAGACUCUGUCAUCAAGACCCAGGAGGGAAUACGUGCGGUUGCCACGGCUACUAUUUAUAUGCCGUUUUUUUUUUUUUUCCUUUUUCUUUUCUUUUUCACAAGGCUGGUGGAAAAUGGCCGCCAAGGUGGAGUGUUAUUGAGACUGGAUAAGGGAGCAAAAAAAGGCCAAGCAUCUCAUGGUGUCCCAUGAACUUAAACUAUUCCUCUUCUUUUUUUUCUUUUGUUUUUUUUUGUUUUUUUUUUUUUUUUUAGAUUUAAUCAUUUCAAUAGAGCUGAAUAACGACACUACAAGGACCCGAAUGUAUUUAUUAUCUGUAAUGGUUUAUUAUGAUCCAUCAAUUACACCUUUCUACUACAGUCUCCCAAAACCUACCAGUCUGCUGCUGUCAUCAUCACGGUCCUCGCCGCCGAUGUGUUCACUACGAGGUCCAACUCGUCCAGCCAGAGGAAGCCAGUGGCGUCUUCAAAUACCCUCCCCUCAACCACGAGACAUUUUUACCAUGAUUUGAAAAGUCUUACCUUGAAUCCUCUGACUUCUCAAAAUGUGAAUGGCUCCAUCCAGAGACAGUAGUGACUGUUCCAGCUCUUCUAGCGAUCACAGUGUUCCAUCCUCGUAGCCUUUUGAGACAUUAGUUGGGUUUGUGGAUGUAUUUAUACUGAACUCUUAUUCCUCUCCAGAAUCAUGUUGUGUCUCUUUUCCAUUUCAUUUUUUUAACUUUAGGAGUGUCACAUCGGCGUACUUACCCCUCCCAACUCUUUCCUGAGAACCAUUUUCACUUCACUUUAAUUAUUUAAAGCGUCAUGUUUAAGAAAAAAGCACUUUAUCUGUACCUUGGUGGCCUGCUGUAAGCUCACUGUCUGAAACACUAUUGCGAGAUACAGCCCUGAUAGGCAGCAGGGGAGUUCAGAAUUCUUUGUGGUUGACUAUCCAUGGCCUUGGAGAUACAAGAGAUACAAAAAAAAUCUUUUUUUUUUCCUUUUUUUUUUUUUUUUCAAAUCUUAUUUUAUUUUAUUGUACGAUUUUUGGGGACACCAGACACAGAUGGUUGUGUACACUGUAUUCUCGCAUUCGUCUUGGGUGUGUUCCUCUCUCAGCUUAUUUACUACACACACACACACUACAAAAAUCUGUGUUUUAACAUUUCCACUGGAGAAACAUGGGUGAAAAAUGUGUCAAAGCCCCCUAUGCAUUAUCAGUUAAAGCUUUAUGAGUGACUUUGGGAGAAAAAAAAAAAAAACAUGCUGUAAGAAUACUGUGAAUUCAACUGCUGAGUGUGCUGAAGAAAAGCUCUCUACUAGUUGGAGCCUGCAGUUAUAUUGAGUCAUCCGGCAAAAGCACACUGCAACGCUGACCUUUAGUGACCUUUGUGUUGAAAGCAGCACUGUUGGAAUAGGGGGAGGGAGGCAGCAAAGGCAAGAGACCACGGCUGUCAAGAGCAGCCCGGUCUGAAUUUAAAAAAAAAAAAAAAAAAAACUUAACCGAAGAUUGCACACAGUCACGCUCAGCCAACCAGCCCGUCUCCUUUCUGCCUGUCUGGGAACUUUUUGUUCAGAUUGAGGCUGAAAAACGGGGCUCUCACUGAUUGUCAAUGCGAGAAGUGUGUUUACUACAGGAGCGGGAGAUAAUGCACUCCUCCCAUUUUUGAUAAUCUGUGGUUUGACCAUUUGCUAUCAAGCCCAGCUAGUUUCCAGGCAGCCUUACACACCGAGGAGUGGGAGAAUCUACAUCUAUGUAUGCCUGAGAGGGGAAACAGUCGUCAGGAUUUUCCCCAUGUAUGAGCAACAUGGCUAUCUACUGUUGCCCACGUUGGUCAAUGUUAUUGGCUACUUUUUUUUGUUUUCUUUUUUUACAUGUACUGUACAUAAAAUAAAAUAUACAAGCAAUA